CCAGCUUUCCACUCAGCAUCGUCUGUACUAGUAGAAAACGAUUUUCAAUCUUUUGAUGUUUGAUGAAGCCAAGGGCAACGUGUGACGCGUGACAGUGAAUCCAAGAACUCGCGGUCACGAAGGUUCUGUCGUCUGUCUAUAAUAUACUUGACCAUUGAAAUUAAUUUCGCUACGAUAACGAAGAGGAACAAGUCAAUAAAAUGGCCAAGCAUAAUAAUUCUGCGAGUUCCUGGGAGGAAUUUGCUAUAAGCUCCUUCAUGGCGCGCUCGGGUACUUCUGCCACCGCAGCAUCCGCAAACCAGCAACCAGACGCGCCGUGGAAGUACCAAAAGUGGACCGGAAUGUGGUUCCACCCGUACUUGGAACUCUUUUUCGACGACGGAGAAUUUUUCGCGGACGACUUUGGCGGCGAUGCUCUCGACGACAGCCAGGUGAAGGAAAUUUUUGAUAUCAAACACAUCGCUAUCGAACCCCCUCACAUCCCGCCACGGGCCUGGGCGGAAGCAAGAAGGUUUCAAACUUUGGUGGAGAAAAGCGGAGCAGGAGAGGGAGGUGCUCCGGAUGAGGUAAAAAACGGAAGUGGUGCGAAGGAGAUCAAGGAGGUAGUAGAUGCGGUUGGAACGAAGAAAGCCGGCGCUGCGCAAGUAGAAGACCAACAUACCGCAAACGAAGAAGCAGUCGAGAUGCUCUGCAAGGCUUUCGAUGUAGAGCCGAAACUCGAUGCCAAGAGUUGGAAAACCGUGCUGAUAACAACUUCAACUUGUAGAAAAGAGCGAGAUACGAAGCCGUCCGUGUCGGUUCCGCAGGUACCCACCGGCACUAGCAGCUCGUCGUCUCUGUCCGCUCCCUCACGGUUGCGGCGUCGCGAAAUUUCCGCGAACGACGGGUGGGUCGCCUAUGAGUACGAUCGAAGCCUGUCUGCCACCGACCCGGUUGUCUACGCGAUGUUGGAUGCGGACUCGCAGAGAACAUUCCUCUGGAACGAAGUCAGUCUGGUGCUCUACAGCAGGGACCGGCGUCUGGCUGCGAAGCCAAUUCUCGCCGAGAAACCGACCUUGAUUUUGGAGACACGAGGUCGUGACGGUGACACUGCUGAGGCAGCAAGUAGCAUAACGACCGGGGCUGAGCCCCAUCUAGAAUUUGAGGAUGCAACGUCUAGCAGGGUGGUUCUGCAAUUCGUUGGAACAAUUGGCAAGGCGGAAGCAGAUUCAGCACCACUGCAUCAGAGCAACAUUGCAAUGUUCUACGAGGACACAGGCGACGAUGUUUCGAUAGAUGUGGUCUGUUCCCUGCUGGGCGAGACAAAAAGUUUGGAUAAGCCGAGGCAGAACAAAGUCGAAGAGCCACGAAAAACAACUCUUCCUCAACGCAAAAACUGUCCGGUCCACUACGAGCAAGGCUGCUGGAGAAUCUUCGACACAAAAUUGACACGCGGCUGCGUGCGUUGGUUUCGACAGGGAAAGGUCGCUUGUUCGGCCGUUCCCCAUCGACAAGCGAAACAAGAAAUCGGCGCUGUAGACAGCGAGACAGUUACAACUCAAGCCACUGUCGUCCCUUCUACCUCCGUGCAAGCUAGCUUUGUGGCCACGGCACGCGAUGCUGAUGAAGCACAAGCGUUCAGCGAAGAAUGGGGCCAAGUGCAGAAUGUUCUUUUGGACCGUUUAAACCAAGCCAAAUCCAAGCAGCGGCUGAAGCGCCGAAUCCUUGGCAACACGGGCAGUAGUGGACCGAGCAAGCGCAGCGCCCUGGAGGCCCUUCCCCCGGAGGACGACUUGGCUGCCAAGCGCAGAAAGCGGUACGGGGUUUCGUAUCUCGACCUGCAUGCGGAGGAAAGAGCAGAUCGCGACCGGGAGGAAAGAUUAGCCAUGCUAGAGCAAGCGCACGCGGAGGUGCGUGACCUGACCGAGGAGGCCUGGGAAAAGAAAACUGUGGUGGAGAAGCAGCGGGCGUUACAAGAAUUAGACACCUACGACGUCAUGAACGAUGACGGCACUUUCCGUGGCUCCCAAAACCGCAAUCGCGGAUUGGGAUACACUGGUGACUAGAUUGUUGUUUACAGGACACGACGACGACAAAUUGUUGAAAAGCAAAAGAAACAGCGAAGAAAAAGCAGAUUGACGCUCAAAAAUCUUGAACAAGUAUUUUCGCCUGUAGUGCGGCUGAGUAAAACUACAUCUACUGCAUUUGUAGUUGACCUGG